AUGGAGAUCUCCCUGGUGCCCCUGGAGAACGGCGGGGCCAUGACUGUCAGAGGAGGCAGCGAGGGCCGGGCAGGCUGUGGCCAAGCCACAGCGGGAGAGCUCCAGUGCCCCUCGACGGCUGGGCUCAGCGAUGGGAGCAAAGAACCGGCGCCAAGGGGACGCGGCGCGCCGAGGUGCGCGGAGCCGGGAGGGCGGCCUGUGCCACCGCUGCCUCAGGAGCAUCCGCAGCCUAGACAGCUUCCAUCGCGGGACGAGGCAGAAGAUGACCCUGCCCAGGGCAUGGCGGAGGAUCCGGUGCUAAGCGCGAGGGCGCUUCACCACCAGCGCGUCCUCAUCAACAUCUCCGGGCUGCGCUUCGAGACGCAGCUGGGCACCCUGGCGCAGUUCCCCAACACCCUCCUGGGGGACCCGGCCAAGCGCCUGCGCUACUUCGACCCCCUAAGGAACGAGUACUUCUUCGACCGCAACCGACCCAGCUUCGACGGCAUCCUUUACUACUAUCAGUCGGGGGGCCGACUGCGGAGGCCAGUCAACGUCUCCCUGGACGUGUUUGCCGAUGAGAUCCGCUUCUACCAGCUGGGGGACGAGGCCAUGGAGCGCUUCCGGGAGGACGAGGGUUUCAUUAAAGAAGAGGAGAAGCCCCUGCCCCGCAACGAAUUCCAACGCCAAGUGUGGCUUAUCUUUGAAUACCCAGAGAGCUCGGGGUCCGCACGGGCCAUCGCCAUCGUCUCGGUCUUGGUCAUCCUCAUCUCCAUCAUCACCUUCUGCUUGGAGACCUUGCCGGAGUUCAGGGACGAACGCGAGCUGCUCCGCCAUCCCCCGGCGCCCCACGCGCCUGCCGGGCCGGCCCGGGGCAACAACGGCAGUGGAGCCGUGGCUCCUCCCUCUGGCCCAACGGUGGCACCUCUCCUGCCUAGGACCCUGGCGGACCCCUUCUUCAUCGUAGAGACCACGUGUGUCAUCUGGUUCACCUUCGAGCUGCUCGUGCGCUUCUUUGCCUGCCCCAGCAAGGCAGAGUUCUCCCGGAACAUCAUGAAUAUCAUCGAUGUGGUGGCCAUCUUCCCCUACUUCAUCACCUUGGGCACGGAGCUGGCCGAAAAGCCAGGGGGCGGCGGAGGGGGUGGCCAAAAUGGGCAGCAGGCCAUGUCCCUGGCCAUCCUCCGAGUGAUCCGCCUGGUCCGGGUGUUCCGCAUCUUCAAGCUCUCCCGCCACUCGAAGGGGCUGCAGAUCCUGGGCAAGACCUUGCAAGCCUCCAUGAGGGAGCUGGGCCUGCUCAUCUUCUUCCUCUUCAUCGGAGUCAUCCUCUUCUCCAGCGCCGUCUACUUUGCAGAGGCUGACAACCGGGAUACCCAUUUCUCCAGCAUCCCGGAUGCCUUCUGGUGGGCAGUAGUCACCAUGACUACGGUGGGCUACGGAGACAUGCGGCCAGUCACUGUGGGGGGCAAGAUCGUGGGCUCACUGUGUGCCAUCGCUGGGGUCCUCACCAUCGCCCUGCCGGUGCCCGUCAUUGUCUCCAACUUCAACUACUUCUACCACCGCGAGACAGACCACGAGGAGCAGGCGGCUCUGAAGGAGGAGCAGAGCAGCCAGAGCCAGGGGACAGGGCCGGAAAGCAGAGGCCAGCGGAAGGCCAGCUGGAACAAAGGGUCCUUCUGCAAGGGGUCCCUGGAAAAUGCGGAGGGAGCCCGGAGGGACAGCAGCCCCCUGGAGAAGUGUAACCUCAAGGCCAAGAGCAAUGUGGACUUGCGGAGGUCCCUGUAUGCCCUCUGCCUGGACACCAGCCGGGAGACAGAUUUGUAAGGAGGGAUCCAGGAUGACUGGUGGGGACAGCAGAAGCCUCCUAAACCUAAAUAUCUACUUUACACCACAGAGUAUUUCAAACUCACCCUCUAACCUAAGUCUGUCCCUCUUCCUUUCCUUCCCUGUCUCCUUGGAUACCCCCAUUUUUCCUCUUCUUUCCAUGACUCCAAGGGUCGCCUAUUUUUAAAAAGUACCACAUUCCAUGACGCAGGAGCUGUUAAAAUGGUGAGCACUACGAGAUGGAUGUAUUUGUAGCCAGUUUCAUAUACCCA